GGCUAAUCGGGCCGGCCGUCGGAUAAUUUUUUGCUGUUCAUCAGCUUCAUGAGCAGUUCAAAUUGGAAGGCGGGUUGGCAGACCGUUAUACAAGGAACGGCCAUUACAUCUACCACUUGCGCGUUCAUAACAGGCGUCUACGGUAUCCUCAACAGGUUUCCUAACUAUGCAGAGCUUUCAGCGGCUGCUGCGAUAAACAGUGGGGCUACUGCAGCGACAUUUUUCAGUCUACGCGAAUAUGUGAUAAGCCCUGUUCUCGUCAGGACGAUUCCAGGAGUUCAGUAUGCUAGGCGACGGCGUGAUGCUGGUAUUUCCAAGCUUCCCACCGACGGAGAUAUGUCAGAGAAUGUAUCAUGGACAGAGAUGCGGUCUAGCAAGCUCCUUGACACUGGCAUCAGUGGAGCUAUUACUGGCGGGUUCCUUCGCGGAAUAACUGCAGGAAGAUACGCUGUUGUAUCUGGAGGUAUAACAGCUGGUAUCGCCUCUAUUCUGGUCCAACUAGGUUAUAACGAACUUCGAGUGACACGGCUUAAAUACGUGUCUCAACAAUCCAGUCGGCCUGCAGAUCCUGGACCAACGCAGAACCGAUGGGCAGAUCGACGCGCGACUGUCAUGUCGUGGUUCGGAUUAUCGAAGUACUCGGACGAAGAAUUUUUGGAGUCGAUGAAGGCUCAAAGAUUGCAGUAUCUGGCAAGGAUUGGUGAACUUGAGCGACAACUGGAAAGAGAGCGAGCGGAGCAGAAACUAGAUAGUAGUGCAUCUUCAAAAACAUAGACUGUUCACGGUGUAAUAACGUCCUUUCGCCAUAUCUCUAUAAUACCUUUCCCAUCUCUACAU